AUGGCACAGUUGCCCAAUGAAAUGAUUCAACUAAUACUCAUAAGGUUAGAGGUGAGGGAUCUGAUCCGUUGCAGGAGCGUUUCAAAGUUAUGGAAAUCUUGGAUCUCUGAAUCUAAUUUCAUCAAAGCCCAUCUCGAACACCGUUAUCUCCAGGAUAGUGAAAAUAACAAAAUGGGAAGCAGGAGAAUUGCUAUGUCUGCUUCGCGCUGUGGUGAUUGGAUAUAUGACCCUGAUAAAAUCUUAUCUGUCUGUCGCACGCGUCAUCUACUCGGUUCUUCAAAUGGUUUGGUAUGCGUUUCUCCCUCUCGUACCGAAUUUUUACUUAUCAAUCCUGAAACCCGAGAAGUGAAUAAACUGGAAGAGCCCCAAAUCCCUCAGGAGGGAUAUAUGAUUUAUGGUUUUGGUUAUGAUUCGUCCAAAGAUGACUACAAGGUGGUAUUAGGGUUUAGAAAUGGUAGUAGUCAUACCUGUUUUCUAAAGUUUACUUUAAAAUCCAACGUCUGGGAAGUUAUUGGAGAAGUGAACUACACUUUUGUCAGUAGGGUUGGUUUCCUUUACAGUGGCGCACUUCAUUGGGUUGUUUGUCAUGGUUCAGCUUAUCAGAUGCCGGUAAUUCUUUCUUUUGAUUUGUCCGAGGAUAAAUUUGAGGAGAUCCCACAACCUUGCAAAUGGGCAGAGCAUUUGGGGAGCAUAAGCGGUUGUUUGUGCGUAUUUGAUGUUCUCGAAGAAGUAUGGAUGAUGAAUGAGUACAAUGUGAGACAGUCUUGGGAGAUUGUGGAGCCUAAAGACAACAUUAAGACAGAAAUUGUGCACUGCUUGAAAGAUAUAAUGCACUACAUACCAAAUAAGAGGCCUUUAUGUCUUAAACAACGUGUUGUCCAUACUCCAAAGUUUAUAGGGGCCCCUUUGUAUACACCAAGUCUUGUAUCUCCCCAUAUAUUCAAGAAACCAAACGAAAAGAAGCAGGAAACAAGGAUCAUCAAGAGUCGCAAGGUACCAAAAGUUUGUCUUGACUCAGCUAGUUCAAGUGAGGUGGGAAAUCUUGAAAGGUAA